AUGGACGGACCAAGCCAGGACUUUAGCGACCAAGCCCAGAGCUUCCAAAACAACUUUCCCCUGACAAGCGAUGAUGUCAAUAUUGACCCAUUGCUCGACUGCACAACGGGAGCUCAGGCGUCCCCGAUCGUUAGCAAUCCCAUCAACAACCAGCUUCUCAUGGGCUCCAACAUGUGGAACCCGAUGAACAAUCAGGCCAACUUCUUCCCUCCCUCCGUGCCAGCAAUGGCACCAUCAGCUUUGAACAACAGUCCAAAAGUACCCAACGAAAUGCAAUCAACCCCAGAAACUCUAUCCAGUGAGCCCACGUCUGGCGGCCCAACACGGCAAUCGAGCAAAUCGUCUAUCCCUUCGGUAGAUUCAAACAAAACCGACACCAAACCCCGGCGCAGCAGCAGAGCUACCAAGACACAACGCAAACAGUCAUCAGUGGAACCUGUCGCCAAGACGCGCCAGAAACGAGCACCAAAGGAGCCAUCACUGGAUGAGGAAGAUGAGGACGAGGAUGAUGGAUUGGAUGAGACGCAAAAACGCAGCAAGUUCCUCAGACGUAACAGGAUCGCGGCGUCCAAAUGUCGUCAAAAGAAGAAGGUGUGGAUAAGAGAAUUGGAGGAAACCACAAAAGAUUUGGAGAUUGAGCACAAUGCCCUACACAGUCAGUACACUGACCUCAUGGGUGAGUUGACCACCAUCAAGAAUCAACUCAUGGACCAUGCUUCUUGCAAUGAUGCCAACAUCAAUCAAUGGCUUGAUAACGAGGCAAAGAAAUAUGUUCAGCGUAUUGCAGCGCAGAGCAGACAACCUCCUCCAGUACCGCCACAAAAUGUACGUGGAGAAUUUUACAAUACGCAUCGUCGUAGCUCAAGCGUCGCCACCUCUGUAACACGAUCGAUAGAAUCAGAAAUAAUCUACGACCACGAACCGGAUAACCUUGUUGGUGCGAGAAUCUGA